AUGACAGGCGAGUUCCCCGAUGUUAAUUCGCUCGCCCAAAUAAUCUCUCAGAUAUCAACUGCCCAUUGGUCCCACGCAGACUUUACAGCCAAAGUAGAACUACUAGAGUCGCUCAAAGAUAACCUAAUUAAUCAAUCUUCCCGCGGUGAUGACGGUUAUUUGUUGAGCGAUUGGUUGGAUACAGCAUUAGUAUUUAUUAACGAAUGUGAGAACGUGUUUAACUGUCCCAGAAACGCAGAUUUUGUCAAUUUUCUGACGCCAAGCAUCGCUAAUCAGCUAGAGUAUAUCCGAGAUCAACUUCAGGUAACCCAUUUUUUACUGCCAAGGGCAUUACCAGUGCAGAUAAUCUAA